CUGACCAAAAAGAGAUACUCUCGUCGUUUUUGUCGCACCGCAACCUUCAUUCUGUAAUCGCCAUCUCCACUUCCCUAGAGGACUCGUUGCUGUCUAGGUAUAGGGCAGUCUGGCAUGAAUACGUUGGCCAUUGCGACUGGCCUCGUCUGGCUGGUGCUGUACUCUCUAUUCUCCGCAAUCCGACGCGUACGACAGGAAAAUGCGGGGCAUAAGACAGCGAUCCUCGAUGAGCUGCAGACGCCAGACCAACAGAAGAAGAAACUCAUCGGGUUCUUCCACCCCUACUGCAAUGCAGGUGGGGGCGGAGAGCGUGUUCUCUGGACAGCAAUAGCAAUGCUGCAACGCGACGAGCCGGACGUCAUCAGCAUUGUCUACAGUGGUGAUGUGGACGCGACGAAGGAGCAGAUCCUCAGUAAAGUCAAGGCCCGAUUUGACAUUGACUUGUCCCCGCAAACCCUUCAUUUCGUGUUUUUGAACUCAAGACAUCUCGUCGAGGACUCUGCAUGGCCUCGUUUUACACUCCUUGGUCAAAGUCUUGGGUCAAUGUACUUGGCAUGGGAGGCCAUGUCCAAGCUUAUACCAGACCAAUUCAUCGAUACCAUGGGCUACGCCUUUACCUUCCAUGUAGUGAGGCUCCUCGGCAGUGUCCCUGUGGGAGCAUAUGUCCACUACCCAACCAUCAGCACCGACAUGCUGGAGAGGGUGAGGUCACGGAAGAAAUGGCAUACUAAUUCGGAUGCGAUAUCAUCGUCGGGCCUCCUCAGCAAAGGAAAACUCCUGUAUUAUCGCCUCUUCAUGUAUUACUACGCCAACUCGCUUCGCCAAGCAAGCUUCGUCAUGGUCAAUUCAUCCUGGACCAAGAAUCAUGUAGAUUCAAUCUUACAAUACAGCGACCCACUCCUCGAUGCCCUGCAUAUGUGCACCCCACUAGUCCUCCUUCGUUUCCUUCGGCCCUCGCAAACACCGAAGUCUGCUCGUAUCGUGUACCCACCUUGUGAUACGCGGGAGAUGGCGAAGUUCCCUCUGACGGGCCGAGAGCGAGUGAUUCUCAGCGUUGCGCAGUUCCGACCCGAGAAGGACCAUGCCGCACAAUUACAUGCCUUCCAUAGCCUGCUGGCUUCUCAUCCUGAGUACGGGAAACCCGAUGACGCGCAUGUCCAGCUGGUGCUUGUGGGAGGAAGUCGCAAUGCAGAGGACGCCGCACGAGUUGAAGGGCUUCGAGAGCUGGCCAAGGAGUUGGGGAUUGAGGGCCACGUAGAGUUCGUCAUCAACGCAUCAUUCCCCGCUAUGCUCAACUGGCUCUCGAGAGCUAGUAUCGGCCUGAGCACCAUGGUCGACGAGCACUUCGGCAUCAACGUCGUGGAGUUCAUGGCGGCCGGGGUCAUCCCUGUCGCACACGCAUCCGGUGGCCCGCUGAACGACAUCGUCGUGCCGUUCGAAGGGAAGCCUACAGGGUAUCAUGCCACUUCUCCCGAGACAUUCGCGGAGGCCUUCCAUACCGUAUUGACUCUCCCGCCGGAGGAAGACUUGGCGCUGCGGCAGCGCGCCAGGACGUGGGCCGUCCAGCGCUUCUCUGAAGAAGAAUUCGAGAAUGCAUGGAAUGAGAGCGGAUGGAGAAAAUGGCUGCCGUCGUGAGUACAUUCCAUCGGAGGGCGCCCGACCCACCGAGCUCGCACAAUGUACAGUAUAUCAGCGCUAAUGAUGCUUUCCUGCUGACCUCUGCAUGGACUUCGCAAACGCGCUGCGUCCAACCUCCAUACGAUAUUUAUGUUGCGA